AUUGGUACCAUAUAAUUCAGAGGAUAAAGCUCCUUACAGGAUUUUUCUUUUAGGUUUUUUACCUCGAUGCCUUUUUUGAAUCGAUAAGUUAGACUUAGGGUUUAUUAUUAGGGUUUCUCUUUUGAUAUAAAAAGGGAGGCAAACCCGUAGGAGGACUAUCAAUAAGAAAACAUUAAACCCAUCUUUUUUUUUCUUCCCUUUCCCCUUUGGAGUUCGGAGAUACUCGAAGCUCUCCUUGACCUGAUACAUUUCCAUAUCAAAGUGCUCUCGUUGAGAGACAUGACAGAUGCCUCGUCUAAUUCCCCAGAUCUGGAACCUAGGGUUCACGAGAUGGGACGAGCGAUGGUGCAGUUGCAGCAGGACUUGGAGUUCUGGAUGGAUCGAAUACAUGCAACGCUGGUAGAGCUGCGAGCCUACAUCACCACCCAGCAAGUCGGCGGUAACAAUAUCGGGCGUAUGGGGCGUCCAAACUACGACACGACCCCUGGGUUUAUCACGCAAAAGCCCAAGUUAGAGCCGCCUAAAAGAGACGGCACAGAGCCCUUACAUUGGUUGUAUCAAGUCCAAGAAUACUUUACCUGCUAUGAGCUACCUCUAGGCGAACGCCUAAGUUGUGCGACCACGAUGUUAGAAGGAGUAGCCGCAGACUGGUAUAGAUGGACGAGGAACAAUGGGUUGAUCAGCGAUUGGGACGACUUUGUACGUAAGUUUAUACUCCGAUUCAACCCAUUGCAUUACGUAGAUUACUUGGGGAAACUGGCCCAGACCAGGCAUAUCGGUGCGAUAAUGGAUUACCAUGCGGCAUUUGAAAAAAUCCCGACCCAUGUGGCGGACGUGCAAGAAUCCACGUUGCAAUCGUUAUAUCACGCGGGUCUUAAAGCCCACUUGCAGCAUGAGAUCAGCCUCUUAAAACCUACUAGUCUUUCUGAAUCAUUCGCCUUAGCGCGAAAUUAGAGGCCAAGCACAAUGCCCUAGUUCAAUCUGUAUGGGGCGCAAAGUACUUCAUGGAACCCUAUUUUCUCACGAGGGUGUGUAACACCCUAAUCCGUCCAGGUCUGUAGCCCCUCCGGACUAAAUUAUUAAAUUGGUAAUCAUGUA